AUGCCCGUGUUUCAUACAAGAACAAUUGAAAGUAUUUUAGAACCAGUAGCACAGCAGGUAUCACGUUUAAUUAUUUUACAUGAAGAAUCGGCAGAUGAUAGUAAUCUUAUGCCAGAUCUUUCAAAACAUGUUCAAGUAGUUAAAUUAGCUGUUGAUAAUCUUAUUCAAGUAGGUCAUGAAACAUGUUCAACAAGUACAGAUGAUCUAUUACGAGUUGAUAUGCCACAAGCAUUUCAACGUGUCAAUCAAGCAUCAACAUUAUUAAUUAAUGCUGCACAAAUACUUAAACAUGAACCAUGUUCAACAAAAGGACGACAAAUGUUAAUUGAAGGAGCACGAUGUAUUUUACAAGGUAUAUCAGCUCUUCUACUUACAUUUGAUGAAUAUGAAGUACGAAAGAUUGUUAGUGUAUGUCAACAUGUUUUCAAUCAUUUAUCAUAUGUAGAAACAAUUGAAACAAUUGAGCAACUUGUUGAUUUUGUACAAAAUUUAACACCUAUACUAACACAAAUGAGUAAAGAAGUUGAUUUACGUAUAAAAGAAUUAACACAUGUUAUACAUCGUCAAUUAUUAACGCGAUCACUGGAACAAGUUAAAACUUUAACACCAUUAUUAAUAUCAAGUAUUAAUAUUUGUAUAACAUCAAAACAUACUGGUGGUCAUACAAUUGUUGAAUCAAUAGAAAAUCGUGAUUAUGUUGUAAAUAAAAUAAAUGAUGAACUCGGUGAAAUAAUACGAAUACUUCAAAUAAUAACAAUUGAUGAUAUUUUAUUAAAUGAAUUUGAUGAAGAUGAACAACAUAAUUUAAAAAAGCUUCUUAAAACACUUGGUAAUCGUUUAUAUCAAACAAAAAAUUGGUUAGCAAAUUCUCAAGCAUUAGAAGGAACAUUAGCUGAACGAUCUUUACGUACAAUUCUUGAUGAUUUACGUAUACAUAUUACGGAACAUUGUCUUGAUGAAAAACAAGCAAAUCAAUUAAUGGAAAAAGUAGAUGCUAUUUCACAAAUGAUGAAUCGUUUAUUACAAUUACGAGCACAAUCAAAAGGUGAUACUAGUGAAGCAACUAGUCUUUCACGUAAUAUUUCUCAACAACUUGAUACACUUUAUCGAUCAUUAGAGCGUACAAUUCAUUUAUUAAAGUAUACAUCAGAUUAUCAACGACCAGCAACGACUGUUAAUGGAAAAGUUGAUCAAGCACAACGAUGGCUUUUACAACCAGAUAUGGAUCAAUUUGGAUUUGGUGAAUUUGCUAUUCGAAGUCUUGUAAGAAUAGCACGUCAAUUAGUUACUAUAUGUGAAUUAUCUUAUCGUCGUGAUCUUAUUGAAUGUUGUCUUCAUAUUGAAAAUUUAUUAUUAAAAUAUAAUGAUUUAUUACGAAGACGAUUACCUAUUCAUGGACCCGAAUGUGUUAUGAUAAGUCGUUCUCUAUCAGCACAUAUAUAUCAAUUACAGUAUCAUCUUCAAGAAGCCAUUAUUUAUCAAGUAUCUGAUGAUUUUAUGGAUAUUACAUCAACAAUAAAAACAUUACGACAAGCUGCUUUUCAAUCAACAAAUGAAUCAAAUCGACAAGAAUUAUUCCAAACAGCUAUACAAGAAUUUAUAAAUCAUUCAUCAACAUUAACUCAAACAGCACGUUUAGCAGCAAAUGGAACAUCAUGUCGAUCAAAAUCGACUAUUGAAACAAUUAAUAUCACAGCAUCACAAAUUAAUGAUUUAACACCACAAGUUGUUUAUGCUGCUCGUAUUGUUUUUGGGAAUCCAUGUAAUUCAUCAACAACUCAAGAACAUUUCGAUCUUCUUCGUGAUCAAUGGUUAACACAAAUAGAAUAUUUACGACAUCAUGUUGAUGAAGCUAUUCCAUCUGAUGAAUUUAUUAAAGCUUGUGAAGAAGCAAUUAUUCAUGAUACACAACAAACAGAAAAAGCGAUUGCUGAUUUAAAUUCAUCAACUAUUAUUGAUAGUACAUCGAAUAUAAUUCGACGUGCUAAUCGUGUUUUACUUGUAACAUAUCAAGAAAUAGAAAAUUCCGAAGAUUCAAUUUUAAUAACACAAUUACAACAAGUAUCUAAUACACUUAAAGAAACUUUUUCAUCCAUGAUUGCUGCAGCUAAACAAUUAGCUUUAAAACCUGAUGAUAAAACAAUACAUUCAAAAUGGCAACAAACAAAUAAUGAAUUAAUCGAUGCUGUUGGCAAUGUACGUGAAAUACUUCAACCUUCAACAUCAAAUCUUACUAAUGGAAUAGCACAUAUUUCAUUGAAUCGUCGCAGUUCAUCAGGAUCUCCGCCUCCUCGUCCACCAUUACCAUCCGAUGAAGAAUUAUCUGCAUCUGCUGCUCCACCAAGACCACCGCUGCCAGCCGAAGAAAUAACGGAAGAAGAAAUUUAUGACAAAGAUCUUCCGCGACCUCAAUUAAAUCAACCAAUUCUAAUGGCUGCUCAUGAUUUGCAUAUGAAUAUAAAACAAUAUUCAAGUCAUGAUAACGAAUUAAUUGCAUUAGCAAAAAAAAUGGCUCAUUUUGUUGCACAAUUGAGUCUUUUUAUUCGUGGCGAAUCCGGAACAAAACGUGAUUUAAUAUCAAUAUCUCGAGAAUUAUCUGAAAUGUCUGAAUAUAUAACAUAUUUAGCUCGACAAAUAGCAAGUGAAUGUACUGAUCGACGAAUGCGAAUAAAUUUACUACAAGUUAGUGAACGUAUACCAACAAUCGGUACACAACUUAAAAUUUUAUCAACAGUAAAAGCAACUAUGUUUGGAACUCAUGGUUCUGAAGAAGAUGCUGAAGCAACUGAAAUGCUUAUUGGUAAUGCACAGAAUCUAAUGCAAUCUGUUAAAGAAACAGUAAAAGCAGCCGAAGUUGCAUCACAUAAAAUUCGACUUGUAGUCAAUGGUAUUCAUCUAAGAUGGACAAGACGAACUCGUUAA